AUGCUCCUCUUCUGCCCCCACUGCGCCAACAUCCUCACCGUGUCCCUCACGAACCAGGGCACCAACCGUCUCGAGUGUCGAACAUGCCCCUUUGAGCACCCCAUCGUCGACCCCGUCUUCUCGCGACGAGCAUACGAGCGCAAGGAGAAGGAGGAUGUAUUCGGCGGGCCUGGAGCGUGGGACAAUGCGCAAAAGGGAAGGGUGCAGUGCCCCAACGACGGCUGCGACGGCGAAGAGGCUGCCUUCUUCCAGGUGCAGAUCCGCAGUGCAGACGAGCCUAUGACGAGCUUCUACAAGUGCAUGGCUUGUGGGCAUCGGUGGAGGGAGAACUGA